UCCGACAACGCUUCUGUAGGAAGGGUGAUAGCUUCUCACAUGGUUGCCCUGGAAGGUCCACUGGUUUAACCUACUGCAACUUUUUCAGCUGCACCAGUUCACAGGCAAACGAUCCUCCUUCCCAGAUGUUUGGAUACCAGAGCACUAGUAUUGCUCAUCUUUGCUCCGGAACAAAUUCCGAUGUUGUUUUCAUCUUUGGAGAUUUUAACGGAGAUAGAAACGUGGAUGUGAUGUGUGGAAGUCAAGAUGGUGGUUUUGAGGUUGGUUUGGCGACCUCUAAUGGAGAUAUAAACACAGCAUCAUGGAGAGGACGAUUGGACGGUUGUGUCGUACAAUCGGGUCAAAUUGCUGUCGGUGAUUUUAACGGAGAUGCAAAGUCUGAUAUUGUGUGUGUCGACCACAUAAAAAAGAAAACCACAGUUCGUUUAUCAAACAACGGACAAUUUCCAACUGGAGAAGGUUACUCUGGUUCAUUUUGUACCGAUGAUUCUGAUUGGUUGAUUCCACUCGAUAUAGACCGUGACAACAAAUGGGAUCUCAUGUGUAGUCAUAGCAACCGGGAUAGCGACUUGCUCAUGAAUACAUUCAGCUUGUGAUCAACAAAAAUGGAAAACAAAAUGUUGAGCAAUGAAUUGACUUAUUAGUUUUAAAACACGUGAUUUGAACGUUGUACAUCUGGUCUUUGCGUUCUUAUUCUGUGAACUUAUUUUGUAAAAAAAAUUUAAUUUUGUUUUGUCUGAAACGUGUUAUUUUGUUGCAGAAGGUCUAUAGUAUUAGGCUAGUAUAUUGUGACAAAAUAUGUAUGCAAAGUAAUCUUAAUUGAAUUAACAAAAUGGAUUUUUGUAUGGAACCUUCUGGUGCACACAACUCUAAAGAUGGUCGUCCCAAACAUGGAAAAACAAAACAAGCCAAAACUGGAGCUGGCAAGAGAGCAGUGGAAACAAAACAGAAGGAAUCAAAUGAUGUGAAAAAGAAAUUCAUCAUCAUUGGAUUGGCUGUGGUUGCUUUGGUUGGUGGAGCUGCAGGAAUAGCUGUCUUUCUUAUGCAAGGAUCUCCCACAAUAUGUGAUGAAACCAGCAAUGAAGAUCCUGUUACUAUCAGUCAAUGUAUGGAACAAAAGUGUGAGUUUGAUAUUUCGAAAUGCUCCUCUCCUUGUCCAUUCGGUUACUCGACCAAGAGCGAAGAUGAGUUAUGUCCGUCAAGCUGUACUUGUGCAGCGCAUGGAAACUUUGAAGGAGAUGUGCAAAUACAAGAAGACAUACUGCCUGAAUUUCUUGACAAAUACGGGUAUGUGGAUAAAGAUGAUGAAGAAUUCUCUUUAUUUGUUGGAAGUGCUUCCAGAUAUGAGAGAGUUUUAUGGAGCAGUCUUGCUCUUCCAUCUGGCCGCAUACCUGUUCCUUACAAAGUUAGUCAAAAGUUUAAUUACCAACAAAGGCUAAGGUUGGACCAUGCAAUUACCACAGCAGCUAGAUGGUACAGUCAAGGCACUUGCAUUGAUCUUGUACCAUUUGAUGAAACGAAGCACACCAAACAUAUUUUAAUCAAGAACAAGCCAUGGUGUUCAUCUUAUAUAGGUUUCCAGGACAGACUUGUUUCACAGGGUAUGGCGCUCGGUCCAAACUGUCACCAAGGGUACACAGUCGCGCAUGAGUUCAUGCACGCAUUGGGUUUCGCACAUGAACAAAGUCGACCAGAUCGCGAUCAAUAUGUAAAAGUUCAUUUCGAUAAUAUUAGAACAGGAAUGGAAUAUAAUUUUAAAAAAUUGCGAACUUACAUGGUUCGCAACUUAAACACAAGAUACGACGCAUUAUCAAUUUUACAUUACCUUCCAAGAGCUUUUUCCGUAGAUGGACGCAGUCCUACUUUGACAUUUACAGGCAGUCUUUUAAAAGUACUGAGAGGUGGUAUUGUGACAACUAGAACUCUAACUCCAAAAGACUUACUUGGUUUGAAUCGAUUACUAUGCACAGGAGGCAGAAGAAGCGAUUCGGAGGUUGUAGGCCCAAACAGUCAACAUGCUUAUGCACCAGCUGAGAAUAUGCAAAGUAAUGCAGAAGUAACAUUUAGAAAUGGGGGGUUGGGGGAGUGGCAGCCAUGGGUAGGAUGUAGUGCAACUUGUGGCCCAACUACUCAGAAGAAACGUGUGAGAUACUGUGUUGACAGUUCCAAGGAUUGUGGUGAACCCACUUAUCAAGUUAAAGCUUGCAAAAGAACACUGUGUCCGGUAGUGUCUGUACGAUGGAGUGGCUGGGGUGACUAUGGACAGUGUAGUGUAACAUGUGGACAAGGCAUGAAACUAAGGUACCGCACUUGCCCUACAUCAUGGAAGUGUGAUGGCAAUUCUAUGCAAGCUCAUGCUUGUUUAUUACCUGCCUGUCAAGGUGGUAGUUCUCACACAGCAGUUGUUUGGACAGAUUGGGCACCUUGGAGUACAUGCACACAUACCUGCGACAGUGGAUACCAAGUGCGGUAUAGAUCGUGUAAAAGGGGUGACUCUUUUACUAGUGGCUGUCCAGGAAACCGCCAGGAUAUAGGAUCUUGUAAUACUCAUAGCUGUUCCAGCAACUAUGCGAUGAACCCACCUUCUCCGAUGUUCUCAUUUGAGAGCAAGAGUGUUGCUCAUCUUUGCUCCGGAGCAAAUUCCGAUGUUGCUUUCAUCUUUGGAGAUUUUAACGGAGAUAGAAACGUGGAUGUGAUGUGUGGAAAUCAAGAUGGUGAUUUUGAGAUUGGUUUGGCGACCUCUAGAGGGGAAAUAAACACAGCAACAUGGAGAGGACGAUUGGACGGUUGUGUCGUACAAUCGGGUCAAAUUGCUGUCGGUGAUUUUAACGGAGAUGCAAUGUCCGACAUUGUGUGUGUCGACCGUGUAAAAAAAAAAACCACAGUUCGUUUAUCAAACAACGGUCAGUUUCCAACCGGAGAAGGUUACUUUGGUUCAUUCUGUACGGAUGAAUCUGAUUGGUUGAUUCCACUCGAUAUUGAUGCCGACAACAAAUGGGAUCUCAUUUGUAGUCAUAGCAACCGUGAUAGUGACUUGCUCAUGAAUACAUUCAGUCUGUGAUAUGUUAUAUUAAUGAAAUUGGUGUUGUUAAAAGUGGAUGAGCCUUGUGAACAUUGAGGAACAAAUAACAGUUUCAUUUUA